GUAAUUGUAAGUAAAAAAAAUAUGUAAUUAUUUUGAUAGCACGAAUUGCUGCGAGUAUCGCUCGUCAGUGACGCAAGUACCUGGCUAUGUACUCGUUUGUAUAUUGACAUACCUUUGAUUUAAUACCUUCAUUUACGAACUUCAAGAUAACACGAAUAUUUACUUAUAAAAUUUGUAAUUUCACGAGGGUCUUUGAAUUUUUAAUGUCCUUGACCAGUCCGUCACAUUCGUAUGAGCUGGUUUAAGUUACAGGUUUCAGAAUGAGAUAAAAAAUCGGAAGAUCACCUGAAAAGUCAAUGCGAAUGCGAAUCAAAUGUUUUUCACAAGAUGUGAGCGAUUGUUUGAGGCUACAGAACUGUUUACUUGUCUUCUCCUUUAUCAAUCGUCCUUCGUUAUCGAGUUGCCGUCAGUGUGUUGCCAAUACUUCAUCUCAAUAUUCACUAGUACAAACUGACCUGUACCACUUACAGUGAAUUACAGACACGUCUCAAUUGAUGAGUGUCGUGUAAGACAACUCGAGUCCCCUCCGGAGUAUUUUUCCAUUUCCCUUCUAGACCAAUAUACUUACUCAGAAAAACUAAAAAAAGGAGACUUCCGCAAGAAAAAUGUAUUGCCCACUUGAGAGACACAUUAUAUUUGCAAAUGAGAUGGCAACCUUUCGGGACUUAAAGAUAUAGAAAAACGUGAUAUGUUAAGACAGAAAGCGCACAGUCAGUACCCGCCGUUUCCUCCUCCAGCUCGACAUGACUGGAGGGACGACGUCGUCAAGAGACUGCGAGCGUGCUGUUCCAAGAAGACCCUCCUCAGACGACUGCCGAUCCUCAGCUGGCUGCCCAAGUACUCAGUGAGGAACGGCCUGGCCGACGUCAUAGCAGGUAUAACAGUGGGGCUGACGGUGAUCCCGCAGGCCAUCGCGUACGCUGGCGUGGCAGGUCUGCCCCCUCAGUACGGCCUCUACUCCUCCUUCAUGGCGUGUUUCGUGUACACGGUGUUCGGGUCCGUCAAGGACUCCGCGAUAGGCCCCACCGCCAUCGCCGCCAUCCUCACGAGGGAGAACCUCCACGGCCUGGGCCCAGAGUUCGCGGUGUUGCUCGCAUUUCUCUCCGGCUGUGUGGAACUCAUCAUGGGCAUACUACAGUUAGGUUUCCUAAUCGACUUUAUAAGCGGCCCGGUGUCUGUGGGGUUCACGUCCGCCGCCGCCAUCAUCAUCGCCACCACCCAGGUGAAGGACAUCCUCGGACUCAGCUUUCCUGGAGGAAAGUUCCUACAGGUGUGGACCGGUAUGUACCAACAUAUCGGAGAGACCAGACUGUGGGACACCGUGCUGGGCGUGUCUUGUAUCGUGGUGCUGUUACUGCUCAGGAAAGUGAAGGACAUCAAGAUCGGCAAGGAGGCGGAGAGUAACAAGGAGUCUCGGGUGCGGUCGUUCGUGUCCCAGGCUCUGUGGUUUCUGUCCACUACCAGGAACAUCUUCGUGGUGCUGGUGUGUGCGGCGCUCGCCUACUACUUCGACACAUUGAAUCAACAGCCAUUCGUGUUGACCGGUGAGGUGAAGGCAGGUCUGCCCCAGAUAUCCCCCCCGCCUUUUUCCGCCACAGUCGGUAACCACACGUACACCUUCACUGAGAUGUCAUCGACUCUCGGCUCUGCGAUCUUCGUGGUGCCCUUGCUCUCCAUCCUAGAAAAUAUCGCUCUCGCUAAGGUCUUCUCGGAGGGUAAGUACGUGGACGCUACUCAGGAGAUGGUCGCUCUGGGCGUGUGUAAUGUACUGGCGUCAUUCGUGGAGUCCAUGCCGGUGUCGGGCGCCCUCUCCCGCGGCGCCGUCAACCACGCUUCCGGCGUCGCGACGCCCGCCGGCGGUCUGUAUACAGGCGCCCUGGUCUUACUGGCGCUGCAGUACUUCACUCCCUACUUCUACUACAUUCCGAAAGCCUCACUGGCAGCCGUCAUCAUCGCCGCUGUAGUGUUUAUGAUGGAACUGCACGUCUUCAAACCAAUAUGGCGGACGAAGAAGGUGGACAUAAUCCCAGCCGUUGUGACUUUCACCGCGUGUCUGGUGACUCGCCUGGAGCUAGGUAUCGUCCUCGGUAUCGCUGUCAACUUGUUGUUCCUGCUUUACGCGUCGGCGAGGCCGGCCGUGCGCGUCACCACCGCCGUCUCGGAGGGUGGUGUGCGCUACGCCGUGGCGACAAUUGACCGUGCGCUGGCCUUCCCCGCCGCCGAGUUCGUGCGCCGUGCCCUCCGCAAGGCAGCCGGCGAUGCGCCGCUCGUGCUGGACGCCCACCACGUCCAGGCCGCAGACUUCACCGCCGCGAAGGGCAUCGCUCAGUUGAUCGAGGACUUCCACGCCCGCGGCCAACCUCUCAUCUUCUACAACGUGAAGCCGUCCAUCGCGGAGGUAUUCCGCGGUGUUCGUCCUCGCCAGUUCGUGCAUUGCUCGUGUCGCGCCGAGCUAGAACGCCUGUUGUUGGAGACACAGAGACGGAGCGACGUACAUGACAGAGUAAUGACGUCACAGAACACGUUAUAGAACUUACCUGAUUCCGUGAUGCUGGUGACCAACAAAACAGGAAGGGAAGCCAAAACGGAGGUAGUCAAUGAAAUAUUUUUUUAUGAUUAUUUUUAAUUACACUGUCGAUAUUUUGCAAACAUUUGUUUUAAAUGAGCAGUCGUAUCUUGUGAUGUGUAGACAGUAUUUCUAGAUGUAAUAUUCUGUAUUUGUAAGUAGGUAGUUUUUAUUGAAGUGAUAGCGAAUGUUUUAACAGUAUUAGUAUAUGGAAUUGUUGACUCAAUAAAAAUUAUGAGACGUU